AUGUUCAAGUUACUGUUGCUGUUCCUCACGCUGUCUGGCCUCAAGGCUGUCCCACUUGCAGCCCCUGUAAAUUUGCACAAGACGCCUUCAAACUACCAGCUUUCCGAUGGCUUCGAACAGGACGCCGAACGCUCUCACGUCCAAGAACCCGCCGCCCUUGACCUCCCGCAAGGCGCCCAGCCCUCCGCGAGAUUCCUCGUCCACCUCAACACCGGCCUGGUGCGGGAACACGUCGACGAGAGGGACAGCGGGGCAGCUUUCCUCCGUUCUUCUCUGGGAAAAGGAGAGAUGGACAGAAGACACUAUCUGACAGACGAGGUCCCCGUUGACGUUCCAGCCGAGAAGAACGGCGGCGGUUGGGUCCGGGUGGAGGAACCCUCUGAUCUUCAUCUUCCUGAUGAUUUUACACAGGGAACUGAACCUCUCAUGUCAAUCCCUGACGGUUUCAGACAGGGAACCGAACCCAUAAGGUCCAUCCCUGACGGUUUCAGGCAGGGAACCGAACCCAUAAGGUCCAUCCCUGACGGUUUCAGGCAGGGAACCGAACCCGCGAGGUCCAUCCCUGACGGUUUCAGGCAGGGAACAGAACCUGCAAGGUCCAUCCCUGACGGUUUCAGGCAGGGAACCGAACCCAUAAGGUCCAUCCCUGACGGUUUCAGGCAGGGAACAGAACCCGCGAGGUCCAUCCCUGACGGUUUCAGGCAGGGAACCGAACCCAUAAGGUCCAUCCCUGACGGUUUCAGGCAGGGAACCGAACCCGCGAGGUCCAUCCCUGACGGUUUCAGGCAGGGAACCGAACCUUUCAUGUCCACCCCCGAUGAUUUCACGCAGGGAACCGAACCGCUUAUCUCUAUCCCCAGUGGUUUUACACAGGGAACUGAACCGGCCGCCCCUGGGCUUCAAAUAGCGGCGUGUAAGGGGGAAGUCGUCAACGGAAAGUGCUACGAGUUCAACCCCAGACCGAUGGCCUUCCGAGAUGCACGGGCCUUGUGCAGAGCUCUCGCCCCGAAUGCAGACCUCGCCUCUGUGACCGACGGGGAUCUGCAUUCCCGCCUCGUCUCCCUGGUGACCAAGGGCGGCGAGAGAGACCCCGCGUUAACCUGGCUCGGAGGCAUCGUCCAGAACCAGCAGGCGUCGUGGGUGGAUGGUUCGGAGUGGAAUUACAGUGACUGGAUGCCGGGUCACCCCAACAUUCACACCGAUAAACCCGUCUGUGUGGAGAUGUUCAAGAUAGAUGAGAGCUGGUGGACGGCCACCGACUGCGAACUGAAGAGAGCGUCCGUCUGCUCGUACCCCAUCGCUGCGUGAAAACCACAAAGAACCACAGCACAAGAUGGUUUAGUAGCCUCAACGAUGUUUCUCAGACAACCGUUUCAAAUCAUUUCCAUUAAAACUUGGCAUAAUACA